GUUAAACACUGGAAUGUUUGGAUAUGCUCGUCAUAUCCGUCAUAUGCUCCUUCAGGAAGUUAUGAAUCGAACACAUUACACACAUACUUCAUAUCCCGGAGGCGUCUGUCUGGUUCACAUACUCUCUGCCGAAGAUUAUUCCUAUAACUAAUAAUGAGAAUGGAACUAUCAGUGAAAGAGUUCUGCACUUUGAAGCGAAGCUGAGUGUUGUCGGUCUGGUCAACGUAAAGUUUGGCGAGAUGCUGCUCUACGGGCUUCUGCUACUUUCUCUUUCCUUCUGGACGUCUCAUGCAGUGUUUAAAAUACCUUUGAAAAUGUUUGCGGGGAAAUUCAACGCGUCCGUGCAGCUGGACCUCGGGGCUUUGAGAAAGAAUCAAAGCGCAGUGGAGAGUGGACUUUCCCUGGCAUCGGAUCCAGCUGGGAUUGUCAACUUCCUAGAUAUGAUCAAUAAUUUAAAAGGAGACUCUGGUAGGGGAUAUUACAUGGAGAUGGUUAUUGGGACUCCGGGACAAACGUUUAACAUCCUGGUUGAUACUGGAAGCAGCAACUUUGCUGUAGCUGCAGCACAACAUCCCUACAUCACACACUACUAUAACAGAGCACUUUCCAGUACAUAUCAGAGCUCCGGCAGGGGAGUUGCAGUAAAAUACACACAGGGAGAAUGGGAGGGAGAACUGGGAACUGACCGCAUCACCAUUCCUCAAGGGCCCAGUGGGACAAUCACUAUCAACAUAGCCACAAUCCUCACAUCAGAAGGCUUCUUUCUGCCUGGAAUCAACUGGCAGGGAAUUCUUGGACUUGCAUAUCCUUUACUAGCUCGACCUGACCCAUCAGUGGAGCCCUUCUUCAACUCUGUUGUGAAACAGACCGGCAUUCCAGAUGUCUUUUCUCUUCAGAUGUGUGGAGCAGGAGUCUCUGCCAGCACUACAGCUGACCCGGCAGGCGGCAGCCUGAUCAUGGGAGGAGUUGAGCCCACCUUGUACCAGGGUUCAGUUUGGUACACACCAAUCCUGGAGGAAUGGUACUAUCAAGUGGAAGUCUUGAAGCUUGAAGUUGGAGCCCAAAAUUUAAACCUAGACUGCAAAGAGUACAACUCAGAUAAAGCCAUUGUGGAUAGUGGGACGACUUUACUGCGACUUCCUGGAAACGUGUUCAGUGCUGUGGUGGAGGCCAUUCUGCAGACAUCACUGAUUGAGGAUUUCUCAGCGGGAUUUUUUGAGGGCACCAAGCUUGCAUGUUGGAUGAAAGGCGAAUCACCAUGGAGCCUUUUUCCGAAAAUCUCAAUCUACCUCAGAGCAACAAACACCAGCCAGUCCUUUCGCAUCACCAUUCUUCCACAGCUGUACGUCCAGCCAGUCACCGAUAUUGACGGUACAUUCGACUGUUUCCGUUUUGGAAUCACCUCUUCAGCAAACGCCCUGGUCAUUGGAGCCACUGUGAUGGAGGGCUUCUAUGUCAUCUUUGACCGUGCACUAAAGAGGGUGGGGUUUGCCGUUAGCACUUGUGCAGAAAGCGGUGGUGUGCCAUUUGCAGAGAUCGCCGGGCCGUUCCUAGCUGAAGGCGUAGCAUCAGACUGCACAAGUGGCAUGCCUCUCAGGGAACCGGUGAUGUGGGUGAUCGCGUACGCUCUGAUGGGCAUAUGUGCCUUGGUUCUGAUCGUACUCCUCAUCUUGCUCAUGCUGCCUUGCCAACGGCACAGAGACGGUGAGAUUACAGACGAAUCCUCACUGGUGCGGCAUCGCAUCAAGUGACGUCAGGCAUCAACUGAAGACAAGGUGGCACCAACUCAGCAAAACAGGGCUGAAGGAAAUCAGAGCAGGUAACACAUUGAGCUCUGGGUGAGAUUACAUACAUUCCUGUUUGUCUGGGUGGAAGAUGCUGGGAUUUGGACAUUGGUUGACACUUGUGCACUGAACCUUUUAAGGAAGAGGAUAAAACUACUGAAGGAUGAAGGAAUCAUGAUUAUACAUGCGAUUCUUAUUAAAAGGAAGAAAAAAGAAAUAAUAAAUAAAUGUGCCAAAAUAUGAGUAUCAACAUAGCAUUGGAGUAAAUGGUGAUGUUGAUGCUGCAGUGUUUCUCCAAAGUAUGCUGCUCUUUUUAUUCUUAGUCUUCAAUAUAGUUGAGUUAAUAAAACUACUGGAAAUCAGCAAUGGUCUCUAAAUGAGGGUCAUGGUUCAAUGAAGUAAGUUGAUUUACUGUUAUUAUCUAGAGGUUGAGGUUUCCUUUUAGAUUUCCCUUUUAGCAGUGCAUUAAAAGGAAUAAUUCAGCCAAAAAAUGAAAAUCGUCAUUAAACUCUCCCCUAUGUUGUUCCAAACCUGUAAUUUGAAAAUGUUUGACAGAACAGUUUUCUGCUGUGACCUGUACUUAGGAAUUACACAGAAAAUCAACAAUGCACAAUAAAAUAAUAAACCUAGUUUCACAUUUAACUGGGCAAAGACGGCAGGAGAGUACAGACUUUCUUGAUCCCUUCAUUUAAAGUUCACUCCCAAUGUCUGUAUGCCACACGAGUGAAUUCAUUGGGUUUGAAUUCACUACCCAUGUGUACGAACAAAUCUGUGCAUGAAAUCUGCAUACAAACAAAUCAUGAUUCACCAAAAAAGAAUGUUUGAAAUGUUUUUCUGAAAUACAAAGCAGGCAUAUAUAUAGUUGGCUAAUGAGAGGUCUGUAAACUGGGUCUAUAUAAAAGUUUUUUUUUUAAUUGUUUAAACUGGUUUUGAGUACUGCACACUUGACAUUGGAUCUGCAAGGGUGUGUCUGUUAAGAGAGGCAUAUGUUUAAGGAAAAGAAAAGGCCUUUUUAUAGCGUUGGUUUGGGUGUGGUUUAUAUAAAUUAUAUACAGUCUUGUUCAAAAUAAUAGCAGUACAAUGUGACUAACCAGAAUAAUCAAGGUUUUUAGUAUAUUUUUUAUUGCUACGUGGCAAACAAGUUACCAGUAGGUUCAGUAGAUUGUCAGAAAACAAACAAGACCCAGCAUUCAUGAUAUGCACGCUCUUAAGGCUGUGCAAUUGGGCAAUUAGUUGAAAGGGGUGUGUUCAAAAAAAUAGCAGUGUCUACCUUUGACUGUACAAACUCAAAACUAUUUUGUACAAACAUUUUUUUUUCUGGGAUUUAGCAAUCCUGUGAAUCACUAAACUAAUAUUUAGUUGUAUGACCACAGUUUUUUAAAACUGCUUGACAUCUGUGUGGCAUGGAGUCAACCAACUUGUGGCACCUCUCAGCUGUUAUUCCACUCCAUGAUUCUUUAACAACAUUCCACAAUUCAUUCACAUUUCUUGGUUUUGCUUCAGAAACAGCAUUUUUGAUAUCACCCCACAAGUUCUCAAUUGGAUUAAGGUCUGGAGAAUGGGCUGGCCACUCCAUAACAUUAAUUUUGUUGGUUUGGAACCAAGACUUUGCCCGUUUACUAGUGUGUUUUGGGUCAUUGUCUUGUUGAAACAACCAUUUCAAGGGCAUGUCCUCAUCAGCAUAGGGCAACAUGACCUCUUCAAGUAUUUUAACAUAUGCAAACUGAUCCAUGAUCCCUGGUAUGCGAUAAAUAGGCCCAACACCAUAGUAGGAGAAACAUGCCCAUAUCAUGAUGCUUGCACCUCCAUGCCUCACUGUCUUCACUGUGUACUGUGGCUUGAAUUCAGAGUUUGGGGGUCGUCUCACAAACUGCCUGUGGCCCUUGGACCCAAAAAGAACAAUUUUACUCUCAUCAGUCCACAAAAUAUUCCUCCAUUUCUCUUUAGGCCAGUUGAUGUGUUCUUUGGCAAAUUGUAACCUCUUCUGCACAUGCCUUUUUUUUAACAGAGGGACUUUGCGGGGGAUUCUUGAAAAUAGAUUAGCUUCACACAGACGUCUUCUAACUGUCACAGUACUUACAGGUAACUCCAGACUGUCUUUGAUCAUCCUGGAGGUGAUCAUUGGCUGAGCCUUUGCCAUUCUGGUUAUUCUUCUAUCCAUUUUGAUGGUUGUCUUCCGUUUUCUUCCACGUCUCUCUGGUUUUGCUCUCCAUUUUAAGGCAUUGGAGAUCAUUUUAGCUGAACAGCCUAUCAUUUUUUGCACCUCUUUAUAGGUUUUCCCCUCUCUAAUCAACUUUUUAAUGAAAGUACGCUGUUCUUCUGAACAAUGUCUUGAACGACCCAUUUUCCUCAGCUUUCAAAUGCAUGUUCAACAAGUGUUGGCUUCAUCCUUAAAUAGGGGCCACCUGAUUCACACCUGUUUCUUCACAAAAUUGAUGACCUCAGUGAUUGAAUGCCACACUGCUAUUUUUUUGAACACACCCCUUUCAACUAAUUCAACUAAUUGCCCAAUUGCACAGCCUUAAGAGCGUGCAUAUCAUGAAUGCUGGGUCUCAUUUGUUUUCUGAGAAUCUACUGAACCUACUGGUAACUUGUUUGGCACGUAGCAAUAAAAAAUAUACGAAAAACCUUGAUUAUUCUGGUUAGUCACAUUGUACUGCUAUUAUUUUGAACAAUACUGUAUAAUAUGAAUCUGAAUAUAAUAUGAAUAUAAAUGAUCGUAUCUUGAAUAUUCCAAAUCCACUAAUAUUAGAAAAAAGAUGGUAAGAACAAAUUUAUUUGCAAAUGCAUGUGUUGUGAAUUGAGUGGAAAGUUUUCGUGAAAAGUUCAAAUGUGCAUAUAAAUAUGAAUAAGCUACGCAAUUAUUAGUGAAUGGGACCUAUUGUUUCUCUCCUCCAUGUUUGCUAGCCUUUUAAAUGUGCUUGUGUGAUUGGUACAUGAUGUCUUUAAUCAGAUCAGAAUCAUGAAGAUUAAAAAAGUUAAGGAAACACUUUUCUGUUUUUAAGGGUAUGCCGCCUUGUGUAAUGUCUUCCUUUUUAUAUAUAUAUAAAAAAAUUCAAUUUAGCUCUAGAUGAGAUUUGUCCCCUCAGAUCAGACUGAAGAUUUUUCUUUAAUUUCUGAUUUCUCUAAUGUGGGUUUUUAAAGAAGACUGGAAAAAGUGUGAGGAGAGAAUCUUAAUCUAAAUACCCUGCACAUUUGCAGUUUGUAUUUGUAUUCCCAGGUAUGCAUCUUUGACCUAUUUUUAAGCUUUUGUUUUAUUUGUGUAAUUGAUUUUGGAUUGAUCUUUUAGUUCUUAAUUCUUUAAUUUACAUGUUUAGCCCUACCCAGUGAAUAAACUAUUGAAUUUGA